AUGCGCUUUUCCCGUGGUCGCAACGCGCAGUCACUGUGGCUCGUAUUUCUGCGAGCAUUUGUCAUGGGGGCUGCACCGACCCCUGCUUUAACCGCGGAGUGCCCAAACCGAUGUUCUUGCGACAACCAGCUUGCGGUUCAGUGCGUGGGUCAGGACCUAACUUACUUUCCUCCGGAUUUUCCACUCGCCACCAGGCAGCUUCUCCUUUCCAACAACCGUAUUACGGAGUUGCCGGCGGUAAUACUCAACUACUUGUCCGACUUGGUGUUUCUAGACUGCAGUAACAACACUCUCUCUGAGAUCUCAGAAUCUACCUUUGGAAACCUCCGCAAACUGGCUUACCUGGAUCUCUCCUUCAACGCCCUGGCACAAAUCGAUGGAAGGACGUUCGGACCAUUGGUAAGUCUUGUGAUGCUCAAGUUGACGGACAACCUUGGACUGUCCGAGAUCCACCCUGACGCCUUGUCGGAGAACACAGCGCUACAGGUACUAGACGUCAGCCGGAACAACCUGACGUCUCUCAACAUCAGCUCCCUCAUCUUGCUACCAUCCCUCCGCUCCAUCGCCCUCAGCGGGAAUCCCUGGCGCUGCGAUUGUGACACCGAGGACCUUUGUCUGUGGAUGCAGAUCGAAGGGUCCAGGUUUCAAGACGAGGGGAAGACGGUGUGCCAGGGGCCCCCGGACAUGGAAGGCCGGUGGCUGUCGGAAGUGGGCAUGCAGUUGCGGACGGAUUGCCACCAGAGACUGGGCUACCAGGAUUAUAUCUUCCUCACUUCUGUUGGUUUCCUCAUCUUCUCUGCUGGCACGGUGUCGGCCUGGGUGAUGGGUGUGCUUAUGGUUCUGUACGAGCGCUACAACAAGAAUGCCAAUGGGCAUGAGGAUGAGGAUGAGGAGGAGGGAGGAGUCACUCACGGCAAUGGGGACCUCAGUAAGCCUGGCGUGAAGGUGUGAAGGCGUGUUCUGUGGUCUGGAAGUGUGGUCGCCGACACGACAGGGUGAAUACACAUGUAUUCACCCUGUUGACAUGCAGAGGCACCAGGAGCUGGAUAACAGCGAGCUUUAGUGUCUAUAGGCAGGUUAUUGCUGUUGAAGUGUGCUUUAGUGUUUGAUAAAUUAGGAAAAGCAAACCACGGUGUAAGACCCUCUACUAAGAAACGAUCGCUGGUUUAGGUGUGGGUAUAUCCCUAUGGUGCACUCUAAAAGGUAAUAUUUCUGGCUGGUCAGCACUGGGUCUGAAAAUGAACUUUCAGAAACAUGUGUGAGAUUAAGGCCUUAA